AUGGCUUCAAGGUUAUUCUGCAGAGCUGGAACUCUAGCCACGCAGGCCCUGAGGGCCCACGGUCCCACUGGAGUCUCCAUGGUGCACUCAAUGGCAUCUGGAGGUGGCAUUCCUACUGAUGUUGACGAGCAGGCAACCGGGCUGGAGAGGGAGGUCAUGCUGGCUGCACACAAGAGAUGGGACCCAUACAAUAUGCUUGCCCCAAAGGAGGUAGCCUCAGGUCCCAAGGAAGACCCUAAUUUAGUCCCCUCCAUCACCAACAAGCAAAUAGUGUGCUGCAUCUGUGAAGAAGACAAUAGUGCUGUCAUCCAAUUCUGGCUGCACAAAGGCAAGGCCCAGCCAUGCCCUAGCUGUGGAACCCAUUACAAGCUGGUGUCCCACCAGCUGGCCCACUGAGGCCCUGCACUAACUCACUCAAAAUGUGGUGUAAAGUUUCUUCUUUCCAAUAAA